ACAUGUAAGGUCUUCUUUGAAUAUGAGACAUGUCCUCCUGACAAUUAUGAUCGCUCUCACUGAGCUUGUAGUGUCAACCAAUCAGGACAUAACUGCGGGGCAGGUGGUGACAGCGGCACCUGGCAGUAAUGUCACUCUUGGGUGUUCUUUCCCUGUACGUGAAACGUUGUCCCUCGACCACUUGAUUGUCACCUGGCAGCGUGGAACUGUAGUGGUGCACAGUUUCUACCGCGGGAAAGACCAGCUGGAGAAACAGAGCCGAGCUUACAAGGGCCGAACCAGCCUCUCUGCAGAUCAGCUGGAGACAGGAAAUGCAUCUCUUUCACUACAUGGUGUGCAGGCAGAUGAUCAUGGAAAGUACUCCUGUCAUGUUGUCAGUGAGUCAUGGGAGAAUAGUAAAGAUUUACAUCUGCUUGUGGCAGCUCCAUAUGACGCACCAGAAAUGGCCGUUCAUGUCGGGUGUGAAAGCAUAAACGUUACUCUUACCUCCGCUCAGGGCUUUCCUGAACCCACCAUUGUGUGGAAGGGGGGUUUGAGUCAGAGUAAUGCAACCACUGUGGAACUGGAUGGUACAGGUCGUUACAAAGUGGAGAGUGUGAUGUCUCUCAGUUCAAAAGAGACACAGACCGUAUCAGUUGAGAUGACACUGGAUGUGCUGAGGCAGACCUUCAAAAGAUCAAUCACUCUUCAUCCACCACCAGCAUGCUGUUUAAUAGCAGAACACCGGACUGGAUUUCCAGUCUUUGGAGUGAUUUGCCUUUUUAUUGCUGUCUUACUGCUGGGUUGUGUGAUUGUUAUUAGAAAAAAGGCAUGUUGAAUAAAAA